AGAAAAAAUCAUAACAUUCAGUUUGUGUUUUCAGUCUUCAAAGACGUGUGCGCUUUAUUGUAUUUUUUACACAUUUUUUGUUUUUAAUUACUCAUUAUUUUGAACAAAGAAGCUAUUAUCAAAAUAAAAAAUAAAUGUCGUUCCAUUUCGCAACUCGCAGCAAUACCUCUAUAAACAGAAAAGCUAGUGAUGAUGGUCAAAAAAGAUAUGGAAUUCAAUCUUCGCUGAAGAGGAAGUCUGUUAGUUCGAUAACCUCGAACGGUUUACUCGCUGCAGGUUCUGAUUCCUCCGAUACAUCACAACAGCGACGAGCUCAUUUCGAUCAAAGCAACAUUGAUAUGACAUAUAAACCUAUACAUAAGGACUAUGGAUAUAUACAGAUCAAACAAGCUGCCACACCAUUUCCAAGACGAUCAUCGACUAUGCGUUUUAGCGUUACGGAAAAGAGAAAGAGCAAUGAAUUUACUGAAGAAACGAAAAAACUCAUCGACCCACUUUUGCCACGUGAUUUCAGCAUAAUAGCAUUGCGAUCCGGUGAUGAAGCUACUGACUUUGUAACCAAACGUCAGUUAUUUUGUAAAGGUGAAUUUACCAUAACACGACAACGUAGAUCAAUGCAGGUCCAUCCGCCACUUACAAAAAUCGAUGAGGCAGCAAGCGUUCGUAAAAGCUCCUCCAACUUCAAUUUAACUAAGUUUUUCCGCAAGCAUUACCAACAACGGGAUAGUCCAAUUUUUGAUUGAUUGAAGUUUUCCGUCUUGACAACAACAAUAUCAUGUACAUAUAUAUAUAUAUGCAAGUACAAAAUAUGCAUAUAAGUUUUAUAUGCUUAUCAAAUAUUUAAAUCCAACGUGAACCAUCCACGUGCAUAUCAAUUUUCCAAAUGUUAUCACCUAUGAGUACGAGCAAUGUACCAGGUCUUUACACUUUCCUCACCUACUGAAGUUUGGCUUACUGAAAUAUAUACAUAUGUGUGCUUAUCUCUUAUUUGCCUGAA